CUACCCAUCCGUUCAUCUUUCCCAGGCACACAGAAUAUAACAAAUCGAUCGUAAUUUUCCUUUCAUUUCCGUAACUUUCUGGAGAACACAUCAGAGAAAGAAAAGUAGAAAAAACAUCGAACAGAGAGACGAUGAGGCCACCGAGAAGGUCGAUCCACGUCGUGACGACAUGGGUGCGACGACAACCGCCGAAGGUGAAGGCUUUUUUGGCCGUUGUAGCAGGUAUGUUAGCUCUGGUGUUGCUACGAGUCAUCGUGAACGAUCACGACAAUCUCUUCGUCGCCGCCGAAGCUGUUCACUCCAUUGGAAUCACUGUCCUUAUCUAUAAGUUAAUGAAGGAAAAAACUUGUGCUGGGCUGUCACUCAAAUCCCAGGAACUAACAGCUAUAUUUCUGGCUGUUAGACUGUACUGUAGUUUUGUCAUGGAAUAUGACAUACACACCUUCCUUGAUUUAACUACUUUUGGUACCACCCUGUGGGUUAUUUAUAUGAUUCGUUUUAAACUAAAGUCAAGUUACAUGGAGGACAAAGACAAUUUUGCCAUAUAUUAUGUGUUGGUACCUUGUGCUCUAUUGGCUUUGUUCAUCCAUCCAUCCACAUCACAUCAUAUUAUCAACAGGAUUUUAUGGGCAUUCUGUGUAUACCUGGAAGCUGUUUCGGUGCUACCCCAACUGCGAGUGAUGCAAAACACAAAGAUUGUUGAACCAUUCACAGCUCAUUAUGUGUUCGCAUUGGGUGUUGCAAGGUUCUUGAGCUGUGCUCAUUGGGUUCUCCAGGUUUUGGACAGCCGUGGCCAUCUGCUAACAGCUUUGGGCUAUGGAUUGUGGCCUUCUAUGGUUCUUAUCUCAGAAAUUGUUCAAACUUUUAUAUUAGCAGACUUCUGUUACUACUAUGUGAAAAGUGUUUUCGGAGGACAGCUUGUGUUACGCCUUCCUUCUGGAGUAGUGUAACUGAUGAUGGAUGGUAUGCACAUGCUGCGGUUGAAUUUAACUUAUAUAUGGUAGUUGCUCUUCUUUUUGUUAUUUUUCCCUCAUCAUACAGUCCAUGUUGGUCGUUGGUUCUUCCCAUGAUCUUGUAGUCAUGAAUGGAAUUUAAAUGGAUGGUAUGCUAAGUUGGCAAUGCAGGCUUCUUGGAUGAUCUAACCUGAAACUUGAUUUUGCCAGAAAUCAGAUCAACUUCAUUGUGUCGCCACUAAUCGAGUUCAACUUAUUGUGUAUUUUUUGAGCUUUUAACUGGAAAUGAAUGAGUCAAUGAUGCUAACCUCAACUUGCAGGGGUCAAGGUGGGUGAGUCGAUGUCCUUGGUGGUCCUAGCACUUUUAUGCCCACUAGUUUUUUAGUUGCAGUAAAUGUAGCUGGCUGCAAAGUUUGAGCCAUACAAAAAAUAUUGUUACGAUCAAUGCCACUUUAUAUUUGCUAAUUUUUUGAGAUGUCUGAUCGUUUAGACAAUGUGUACCAUGGUGGCAUAUUCUAGAUUUUAUGGACUGCAUUUUGUUGAAAUAGUACAC